AGCAAAACACAACAAAAAAUACAAAAAUAAAAAAUAAAGAGAAAAAAAUAAACCAAACAAGCAACUCAACUCGACUCUAGCCGAACGAACCAUUCACCAUUCGCUGCAUGUGUUUUGGGGCGAUUGCGAUUAUGAUUAUGCUAUAGUAUAUAGUAUUAUUGUUGCGGUUGCUGCUGCUGUUGUUGUUGCUGCUGUUGCUAGACUUCGGGCUUACAGUGUUCGUCGUCGUUGUCUUCGUUUCAUUCAUUCGGUUUGCCUUUUUGACUGUUAGUUAGAGUAUAAAAGUUCGGGCUGGCACUGCAGUGGGCAUCAUUAAACCGUUAACCAUCGAACAGUGUGGAGUGGUACGGAACGUGUAACAGAGUUUGGUGCAUAGAGAGAAUCCUUCCAUAAUAUUCCACAAAUAAUUAACGAAAUCUUAAUCGCAAUACGAUUUCAAUCGUUCGGGCACAGUUCGGUUCACAGUUCGACGGAUAAGCAAUAAUCCUCGACAAGGAUAUUUAACGUCAACAUCAUGAAGUUGAUGCGUACAGCGACAUCGCUGGCUCUGGUGCUGCUCCUGGCCACCAGCUACGCCCAGGCUGGCGAGGAGAAGAGCGAGGCUGCCGAGAAAACAGCAGCUGAGCCGUCAGAGAAAAAGGCUGAGGAAUCAGCAGCAGCCGCUGAUGAUACCACCAAAUCGAAACGUGGCCUGCAUCAUUAUGAGGAUUACCAUCAUCAUCAUGUGCCGCACUUCCCGGUGCAUGAGGAGAAGACUCUCACCGUGAUCAAGAAGGUGCCAGCGCCAUAUCCCGUCGAAAAGAUUGUCCAUGUGCCAGUGGAGAAGCACGUUCAUGUGCCCGUCAAAGUCAAGGUGCCCAAGCCAUAUCCCGUUAUCAAGCACGUGCCCUAUGAGGUUAAGGAGAUCGUGAAGGUGCCCUACGAAGUGCCAGCGCCAUAUCCCGUCGAAAAGAAGAUACCCUACCCCGUCCAUGUGCCCUACGAUCGUCCAGUGCCCGUCAAGGUACAUGUGCCCGCACCCUACCCCGUUGAGAAGAAGGUUCAUGUGCCAGUCAAGGUACAUGUGCCCGCUCCCUACCCCGUCGAAAAGAUCGUCCACUACAAGGUAGAGAAGCACGUGCCUGUCGAGAAGCCGUACCCCGUCGAAAAGGUCGUCCACUACCCAGUCAAGGUGCCCGUUGAGAAGCCCGUGCCCCACUAUGUGGACAAGCCAGUGCCCCACUAUGUGGACAAACCAGUGCCAGUGCCCGUGAUCAAGAAGGUGCCAGUGCCCGUCCAUGUGCCCUAUGAUCGUCCCGUGCCCGUUCAUGUUGAGAAGCCAGUGCCCUAUGAGGUGAAAGUACAUGUGCCCGCACCCUACCCAGUGAUCAAGGAAGUGCCCGUUAAGGUUGAGAAACACGUUCCGUACCCCGUCAAGGUGCCCGUGGAGAAGCCCGUUCAUGUUCACAUUGAGAAGCAUGUGCCCGAGUACCAUGAGAAGCACGUCAGCUACAAGGAGCCCGAGUUUGUGCACAAGCACAUCGAGGAGGAUCAUCAUUAUCAUCAUCAGGAACAGCAUCAUGAGCCCAUCCAUCAUUCAUCAUAUUCGGCACCCAUUGAGGAGCAUCAUCAUGAAGAGCAUGAGGUGCAGCAUGAUUUUAAUGACUAUCAUGAUUUUCAUUCAUAUCACGGUUACUAAAAUUGGUGAAAUGAACAUUUUUCUCUUUUCUCUCUCUCUCUCUCUCUUUUUCACUCUCUUUGCAGCAUUGAGAAUAUCGGUUAUGAACGGUAACGGUUAUGAGAAUGGAUAUAUAGCUAAACUGAACAAAAAAAAAAAAA